AUGCUACCUUUCGGUGGGCCUCCAGCAUUCUCUCCUUUAAUGAAUAUACCACCAAAUGCAGCUGCAGCAUCACAGGCAACUUAUCUGCAGCAGCAAGUUAUCAUGCCACCAUUGCAGAGAAUACCGAUGAUGGCCGUGAGUACAGCACCAGCGCCACUCCAACUUCCCCAAGUAUCAGUGGCUUCACCCGCGACUACACCCCGACCAAUGCUUGUUCCACCUCAGAUGCAGAUGGAAAUAGCCGCUGCAGCACAAUCUCCUCGCACAUCUUCCAUUGGUUCUAGUCUGAUAACCAGUGAUAUUUGGUCAGAGCACACAGCAUCUGAUGGACGUGUAUAUUACUAUAAUAAAGUAACAAAACAAUCUUCAUGGCAAAAACCGGACGAGUUAAAAACUCCUGAGGAGAAGAAAUUGGCUGCUGCAAAACUGUGGCGUGAAUAUAAAACACCUGAAGGGCGACCUUAUUACUAUAAUAUCGAGACUAAAGAGACCACUUGGAUUUGUCCAAAAGAUUUCGAUCCCGCAGUUGUAACAAAGGUAAAAAAUGGUGUGGAAUCAAAAGGGAGUGAUACAUCGAAAGUAGAAUCACAAAAUGGCGGGGAAUCUGAGCUGGAAAAAGCAAUGCUGGCCACACUUAAAUCGCUUGAACAACCUAAUGAACAAGCAGGAAGUAUGAAAGAAGCAGAUGCAGCAGAUGGUGAAGAAGAGAAAGAUUUGAAACAGAAACAAAGUGACAAAUUCCGAGAUCUCCUAAAAGAUAAGUACAAUGAGGGGAAGAUAUCAUCUACUAGUUCAUGGGAACAAGCAAUGAGAUACAUUCAGCAUGAUCCUAGAUUUCGAAUUUUAAAUAAAGUGAGCGAGAAAAAACAGUUGUUCAAUGCAUGGAAAGUGCAGAGGCAAAAGGAAGAGAGGGAUGAAAAACGUCUUGCUAUCAAAAAAGCGAAGGAGGAUCUGGAGGAAUGGUUACAGAACAAUCCAAAAAUACGACCAACUAUGCGUUACUCCAAAGCAGAAAUCCUUUUUGCUGAUGAACCUAUUUGGAAGGCCGUUCAUGAAGGCGAGCGAAAAGAGAUUUUUGCAGGUGCACUGGAGUUCAUAGACAAACGUGAAAAAGAAAAUGCAAAAGCUGUCCGCCGAAGAAAUGUACAAGCUCUAGCUGAUAUUUUAGAAGGGAUGGAAGAAAUAACUUAUCGGACAACGUGGGCACAAGCUCAGCGCCUCCUUAUUGAAAAUCCUUCAUUUGCUAAUGAUAGCACGUUGCAAAAUAUGGAUAAAGAAGAUGCACUCAUUGUUUUUGAAGAGCAUAUACGUACGGCAGAAAAGCAUUAUUUAAAAGAAAAGGACAUGGAAGAGCGUCGAAGACGCCGACAAGAGAGGAAAAUACGUGAAGCUUUCCAAGUUUAUUUAGUGGAACUGCAUAAACGAGGAGAAUUGACUUCAAUAUCAUUAUGGAGUGAACUGUACCCUGUCAUUUCUGCAGAUUCGCGUUUUGAUAAUAUGUUGAAGCAGUCAGGAAGCACACCGCUAGAUUUAUUCAAAUUUUAUGUGGAAGAUUUAAAAAGUCAGUUUGGUCAAGAUCGACGAAUGAUAAAAGAAAUUCUAAAGGACUUGAACGUGACAGUCGAAGUGGGUACAACUUUUGAUCAACUCUGCAAGUGGGUAUCAUCUGAUGAAAGAGGUAAAACCGUUGAUCCGGGUAACAUGAAACUGUGUUACAAUUCCCUUGUAGAAAAAGCAGAAGCUAAAGAAAAAGAGCAGGAACGUGAAGAAGCAAGAAAGAGAAGGCGGCAUGAAACAGCAUUUCGAAAUAUUCUACGAACUUUGGUCCCUCCAGUUGAACCAAACUCACAGUGGGAAGUUAUACGACCGAAAAUUGAAAACGAAGAGGCGUUUAUUACAGUUGAAACUGAGCAGCUUCGCGAGAAAUUUUUUAAUGAUUAUCUGCAGAAUCUAGCGGAAGCUUGUGGUCAUCAUCAUGGUUCAUCAAAGAAAAAAAAGAAGGAUAAGAAAAAACGUCGAAAGGAAGAAAGGGAGAGCGAAACAGAAGGCGAAGCAAGGCCAAAGAAAAAGAAAAAGCACCACAAAUCAGAUGUAAGCGAUGAAGAAAAAGGAACAGAGCGAAGACGUAAAAAGAAGAAAAAACGAUUGCACUCAAAAUCUUGCUCAAGGUCGCAAUCUGUAGAACCUGUUGAAAAACAAUGCAAAGAGGAGGAAGAUUCUCCAUUGCAGAAGGAUGAAAGUAACGAAUCGGAAUUAAGUGAAGGCGAAUUGGAGCGGAAGAGAAAAAUUUUACUGAAUAAAUUGGACGUAUCUCCCCAGUCAUCCUAA